GACUCCUCACUGCGGUUUUGCCCCUCAGCGGUGGGAGAGCUUUCCAAUAACCGGUCGGACCGGCUUCUGACAUCCUCUCUUUCAGGAGAAGAAGAGAGUUUCAACAUUCUUCAGCCUUCAGGUGACUUAGUGAGCGGGGAGCGUGCCCCCCGGUCCCAGAGGAUGAGCGGGCUGCUGUUCCUGGUGUUCCCCGUGCUGGGCGGGUACGCCCUGACCUCGCUCUACCUGCUGAGGAACCCCCAGCUGCUGCACCGCAGGAAACGCACCGCCUUCCACAGCCGACACAUCUCACACCGAGGAGGAUGCGGAGAACGGAUCGAGAACACCAUGGAGGCCUUCAAGAACUCAGAGGGGCUGGGCACGGAGCUGAUCGAGCUGGACUGUCACCUGACCGCCGACGGUCACGUGAUCGUGUCACAUGACGAGAACCUGCUGAGGCAGACGGGCCACGACGUGGACGUGUCCUCCCUCAACCUGCAGGACUUGCCGCUGUAUAAGGAGAGGCUGGAAGUCACGUUUAACGCAGGUCAGGUCAGCAGCGGGGCGGACAGGAAGUUUGCCCUGCUGGAGGACCUGUUCAGGAAGUUCCCCCGCAUGCCCGUCAACGUGGAGAUCAAGGAGCUGAACUGCAGGCUGAUCCAGAAGGUGUCUGAGCUGGUGAGGCGCUAUGGCAGAGAGCCCAUCACGGUCUGGGCCUCGGCGGACCACAGCAUCCUGAGGACCUGCAGACGAGAGAACCCCUCCAUGCCGUACAGCUUCAGCAUGAGGCGAGGCGUGCUGCUGCUGCUGCUGUUCUACAGCGGCCUGCUGCCCUUCGUCCCUCUGGGCGAGAGCUUCCUGCAGUUCUACCUCAUCCCCGUCAUCAACAGGACGUUCAUACCUGAAGAAAGAAUCUUGAAAAACAAGCUGGUUCUCCUUUUUCUAGAGAAGCUGACGAUGAGACCGAGCCUCUUCAGACACCUGGCAGCCCGCGGGAUCCAGGUCCAUUUGUUUGUUUGCAACGAGGAGCGGGACAUGGAGACGGCGUUGGGACUGGGCGCCACGGGGGUGAUGACGGAUUACCCCACACGUCUCACCAACUUCCUGUCCCGCCUCAGACCGCAGGAAGCUGACCCACGCUGACUCUUCUCCGAAGGAAGAAGCUAAGCACGAUGCUAAGCUAAUGCUUAGCAGAAGUAGCCCACCUAAAUGGGUACAUGCUGGUUUGGAUGCUUCUGAAUAGAGUUCAACCUAGAUGAAUAACGGUGAAAUAAAACAAUGUUGAAAAAGAAAGCACAAAGACUAAAGGUUCCUUCUUUUGAUUAAAACUAGUUAUUCCCGCUGUGCGGGUUUUAGUGGGGGUUCUGGAGUACAAAGGAUGCACCCCGUGGUUCGAUGGGAAUGUGUACUGGUUUGACUGGUUGUUUUGAGGGUUGGGCCUUGAUGAUUUUCUGAUAAGAAAAUAAAUAUGACGUCAUUAUGGAUUUUGUUCAUAUUACUUAUUCUAAGUUCUGUGGCGCAGUUGACCUAUAGAACAU